AAAUUGGGUUUUAAUGACCGUAGAAAGUGGAGGACUGCAUGCUUAAAUAAUCCCUUGUUUCUAAGGCUCAAAACAGCCAGCGACCGCCUGUUUUCUUGAUUUUGUCUGCAAGUAGAAAAUGUGUGGAGGAAGCAUCAUAUCAGAGUUUAUAGCCGGCAAAACUAAUGGCCGAAAAACUACUGUCAGAGAUGUAUGGACAGACUUUGACAAGUUUUCUGAGUAUCAUCUGGGUAAAGCUCCUCAUCAGGCACCUUGCCAGAAAGAGGAAGAGGAACGUGUGGUGAAAAAAGUAGUUGAGAAGAAGAGGAAGCCGCAUCAUUUAUAUAGAGGAGUGAGGCAGCGUCCUUCUGGAAAAUGGGCAGCAGAGAUCAGAGACCCCAUUAAGGGAAUUAGAGUUUGGCUGGGAACUUACAACUCAGUGGAAGAUGCUGCAAUUGCCUAUGAUCGUGAGGCUCGAAAGAUCAGAGGAAAAAAGGCCAAGCUCAACUUUCCUGCACAACCCACUACCACCGACAAAUCUACGGACAAGGUGAAUGUCUCUGUUCAAUCCGUAUCAGAUCCAUGGAAAUCUUAUAGCUCUCAGAUAUGCGAGGAAGAAUCUGUGGUGGUUCCUGUUGCAAAUUAUGAAAAGAAAAGAGAGUGGCUCAGCCCUGAAGUGUCUGAAGCAGCAGUGCAUGAGUAUAUGGAGAAUUUGGAGAGGGUUUUGGAAUUGAAACCUCAGAGUGCCACCCCACAGUGCUUCUCUCUGGGUUUUCAUGAUAAUAAUUGUGGGUUGCCUUGUUAUGAAUCACAAGACAUGAUGAGCUCAAGCUCGACUGAUGGGAACAAAACCCAUGAGUCAUUUUGUGAGUCUGAGUCGUCUGUCUCUUUGGAUAGCAUUUUUGAAGAGGUGUGUGAGCGCAGAACUCAAUUGGAAUCUCCCAGAUCUUAUGAAAGCGUGGAGGGUUUGAUUGAAUCGGAGAUGGGUUUGUUUGAGUCCUCAUUUUUUGGGGCAAGGGAGAAUGACUGCCCGGAAGAGACGUGCAUAGGAGGGCUGCCUUUUCUGAAGCGAGAGAAUCAACUCGAUGAGGCAUGGAUUGAAUCUGAGGAAAGUCUGUGGACUGCAAUCUUUUGAAUCCAGGCUUAAUAUGGCCUUAUCUUUGUUGUAUAUUGAACUGGAUAGAGUGUAGAAUAAGUUAUAUCAUGUUCUAAAUGUUUUGAAUUGUUCUUUCAAUUCUGGGGUUUUUUCUUAAAAAGCUGAAGUGACGAAGAAUGAAUGUAUGGACAUUACCAUGGUCUAUUAGGACGUCUAAUUCCUUGCCUCUAUAUUAUUAGCGAAAUGAAAAAACGCCCAGAAAUGAAGGGCUAAAGAUGCAUUAUGCCAAUAUGAAUCGUCAAAUUGGUAUUGUAAUAUGUAAGAAUUGUCAGUCGUGUUACAGAAGAUUGCCAUCAUGGUAGGAGUUUAGACCUUCAAAUUUUUGUUCUUUUUAUGAAUGAAUUAGGGGAAAGGAUUUACUAGUUGA